GAGAAGAAACUUUGCCUGGAGAGCGCACCCAAGACCGUAUUCGCCGCAACCUGGAAAGUUGGCCCUCACAUCGUUUGAUCAGUGCGGCAUUCGUGGGUCCACAAGCGCAUGAGCGAUCAACCCUCUUCACAACCAACCAAACCAGCAGCCUCUCUCACACGCCGUUGCUGCGGGGUUGGUCAUCUCCGGCAGAUAAGGACCAGGAAUCGGGAUCCUCCCACUACAACACCUUCAUCUCCCCCCUUUGUUGGAGCGGUGGCAUACCAAUCAGCAGGGGCAAGGGCUGCAGCUGAGGCAGCAGAGGCGACCAACGCUGCAGCAGCAACCUUGCAAUCUGAAUUUUCCCCGUCGAUCGUUGCGGGACAGGGGAAUGCUGAGAGGCGACAACACCGGCAGCAAGGUUUCCGGCUCGAUUUCAUCAGCUGGUAGGGGCGCCAAAAUUGGUCGUUUGACCGUGGCUGUCAAGCGUGCGGAGUCAGACGUAUCCGACGGUGAAGAGGAGGAACGAUGCACACCACACGACACCGAAGAUGGAACAGACAACGAGGUUUCAGAAGCUGGCUGCACCGAUCAGGGGAGCCAAGGACAAGGCCAGAGUGGACAUCCUAGUGAAGGAGGACGAGGAGGACGAGGAGGAGGAGGAGGAGGAGGAGGAGGAGGACUACGAGGAAGAGAAAGUAGGCUAGCGCUCAUGUAGAUGUGAUACUGUUCUCAUGUGCAUUUUUCACCUGAUUUCGAGAACCGUUGGCCUACCUCACCGACCUGUUUGCGGUCGAGGGCCGGGAUACAUCCAUCAGAUUCAAGCCACGACACCUCAUGGCAAGGGCUCCUUGAGUUCUUAGAUAUGUUGUCGUUGUUCUGUGUGGGUAUCGCCUUGGUACCCAAACCAAAUCGUGUUUGCCGGUUCCGCACUAACAAGCGGAGUUGGUAUUUCCACCUUUACGUGGUGUGAUGUCGCGAAUGACUGGAUUGUCCUCGAUAUUCAGAUGGGUUAAAUCCCCUUUGCAGAAUCUACGGGACCCGUUGUUUGUUGUGCCUGAUGACUCGCUCCAGACAAGACCGAGCAAGCGCAAGCCCGGUGGUAUAUCCAAGGCCAUCCGCCGGUACAGCGUCCGGUCCGCCAGCAGCCGGCAACUCAGCCAAGCCGAAAGCCGGAAGACAGCAUCAUCCAAGCGCCAACGGAUGACCUCCGUACCAGGAGCAAAGGAGCAACGCUGGGGGAGUGGGACGGCGUUAACGCACACGACGGCGAGUUUGGUAGACGAUUCGUUCGACCCGUGUUUCUAUGCGAUCAGAUCAUGAUUGUGCGGUUGGCCCCGUGCAUGGUGUUCGUAUCUUUGGUUUUGUUGCGCACGUCACUCCGACCGUGCACUUUCCGAACUGUUAAUGGUUGAAUGAGGUUGAUGGUGGGGUAGGUUUGGGGUGUUGCUGCCGGAAACCUUCUUAGUAUUGCACGCAACCAAGC